AAGCCGUAAAUUUCAGCUGACAGAAAUAGAGCGUUGAAUACGUUGCUCUUUGAGAACAUUGGAUGUUUUUGUUUUGGUGUUCAGUUUGUGUUGAUAAUUUGUGAUGAUUUAACUUUCAUCAUGAAGCGUGACAAAACAUUUCAAACCAAAGUUAUUAUCAGACGUCUUCCUCCAACUAUGACUGAGGAGCAGUUUAUAGAGCAAAUAUCCCCUCUUCCUGAACAUGACUAUAUGUAUUUUGUGAAAGCUGAUAUGAGGUUGGGAUCCCAUGCAUUUUCUCGAGCUUAUAUAAAUUUUGUUAUCCCAGAAGACAUAUUUUUAUUUAAAGAUCAAUUUGAUGGUUAUGUCUUCUUAGAUAAUAAAGGAAAUGAGUACCCUGCAAUUGUUGAAUUUGCACCCUUUCAGAAAAUACCAAAGAAGCGUAGCAAGAAAAGGGAUGCAAAAUGUGGAACUAUAGCCAAUGAUCCUGAUUAUUUGAAGUUUCUGGAGAGCAUGAAAAAUCCUGAUGAUGUUUCUCUUCCCUCAGCUGAAGUUUAUUUAGAAGAAAUUGAAAGUAGAGAGAAAGAAUUAAAAGCAAACAAUGGAGUCCCUAAAUUGACAACACCAUUGAUAGAAUACCUAAAGGCAAGGAAGAUUGAACAGCAGAAAAUUAGAGAAGAAAAACGAGAAGAAAGGAAGCGCAGGGAAUUAGAGAAAAAAAGAAUCAGAGAGGAAGAAAGACGAAGAAGAAAGGCUGAAAAAGAUAAAGAAAGAGUUAAGGACAAAUACAAGGAUAAAGAAAGUUUAUCAGAGAAAGAAGCUACUGAUGAGCUUGAAGAAUCUCCUGUAUCAGAAUCUGUUAACCAAUCAGAUCAAAUUGUUCAGGUUUUGAAGAACCCUGAAAGAGAAAAAGAAACUAAAGAAGUUACAACACCUCUCAAAGGAAAAGAAUAUUUCCCUCCUUGGAAAUCCAAUAGAGAUAGAGACAGAGGGAAAAAAGAGUGGGAUCGAGAUCGAACUCGCCUGAAAGAUAAGCAAAAAGUACCUGUCAAAGGAUAUUAUAAUGAACGAGAACGAAGUCGUAGAGACAAAACAGAUUAUAAAUUAUACAGUGGAAGAAAACAGAGUGAUCAUGAAACGGCUUCAAAAAAGUCUAAAGAAGAAGGUGUUAAAUGUUUGGAACAACCUGAAGAAGAGUUAUUAGAGUCCACCAAAGAGAAAAAAGUUGAUAGCAAAAAGGACACAUCGCCAGUUGCAUCACACAGUCAGUGGCCUAAAGACAAGAGAGAUAAUAGUUGCCCUGGUAAUGUGGAAACAUUUGGUAGCCAAAAAGAUAAUGAUGACCUUUCAUCUCAACUAGGAGAUUCUACAAAAAGUGUUUCACGGGAAGAUGUCGAUCGAAAUGAAACAUCUAAACAGUUAGAUUUUCGAGAACAAGGGAAAGAUCCGAGGGCAGAAAGACGAAUAAGAAAUAAGGAUCGCCCAUCUUUAGAAAUUUACAGACCUGGUAUGAGACGGUUCAGUACUCAAAGGAACAGCCCACAAAAAGAAGUUCCAACAUCAACAAGCAAUUCUUCGAGUCCUAGUCCCACUCCAUCAACUACUAGUGUUACAAAGACACUAAAAGAUGAUGAUAAAAAUGACAAGAAAAUUGAUGAAUAAGUUUUCUGACUUUAAAUUCACUCGAGUUUUCUUUGUUAACAAGAAUUGUAUAUACUGUGUGUAAUUUAAAAUUUAAGAUAGUUAAUCCUACAGGAUUUUUCUUUUAGUAUUUUACAGUACAAGUUCUAUAUAACGCAAUUCAAUAAACCGUAAUUCUUCAUAUACUGCACUUACUUUACAAUCUCUUAAGCAAAGAAAAAUUGAUAAACUUGUUGAUUUCCAAUAUUCUUUAUGAUUAAGAUUUCUUUUUGAAGUGCAUAUUUUUGUGUUAUAAAGACAGACUUCCAGCUCUCAAAUUUUUGAACCUCAGGCCAACUAAGUAUUUUCUUACGCUUUUUUUAAAAUAACUGUAUGAGUUGGAGAACCCGAACAUACAGCCCCAAAAAUCUUUCCUCGAAAAAAGCAAUUUUGCAGUUCACGUGUGUUUAGUUUAUCGUUAAUUACCUUUUAGAGAAAAAAAAUUGAAUGCUUGAUAAACCUACAAAAAAGUAUAAUACCGUUUUUAGCAAAGUGUAUACAGAUGGUUUCUUUAAGAAUAAUAUCUUCGUACAUGCUAAAAUAGCUAGCUUCAGAAUAUUUUUGUUCUUUUAAUGUGAUUGAUACAUAACAAUGUAAAGUUAGUAGCUAGAAAAGUAAUUCCUACAAUUACUGACUCAGUUAAUGCUCUUGGUAUUAACCGUUCCUUGCAGCGAUUCGACCUGUGAGAUUAAACCCCAUUACAAAAAUCCAAACUUAAUUCUAUUCUUCUUUGUUAAAACUAACUUUGGUGAAUUUGUUGGCUGCUAAAUCAAACAAAAAGUUUCAGAAACAAUUUUAUAUAAAGUUCUUAAAAAUAGCUAUAUUAUGCUCAGUCUGAGUCACUAAUUUUUAGGGGUAUAAGAAUUUCUUAAACAAAUUUAAUUUCUAGAAUGAGAAUUUAUUAUUAGUUUUUAUAGUUAUGUUUAUAUUGCACUAUGUCAUAGUUGCGAAAAGUCUCAAAAGUCUUUUGAAUUUCUAAAGAAGCAGGUGUGUAAAGUCUUUUUAUUUAAAAUUAUUUUAAAUCAGUUUCAAUUUUUGUGUCAUAAAGAUCUUGUACUGUAUUUAAAUCUCGGGAUAUUAAUUUAAUAAAACUACAUAUGUUGAAAAUUUGGCUUACUUUUUGUUUUAGAACAGGAACAAGAAUAUUUUUUAAAUAUUUUAUUCAUUCCAUGAACAUUUAUGAGAUUUUUUCUCACUAAGACAAGGUAAUUAUGUGUUAAGGUCUAAUGCUGCUUUUAAUUUUUUUUUGUUGUUAAAAAUGGCACUUGUCUAUAUUGUCAUAACAUUCACUUGCUAAUUACUUUAUAAUUUGUCUAGAUUAUAAAAAAUUUUCUUAUCAAUUGGAAACAUAGUUUUCAUUCUUGUUUUAAAAUCCAAUCUUAUCAAUUUGAAACAUUUUUUUUCCUUAUCGAUUUGAAACAUAGUUUUUAUUCUUGUUUUAAAAUCCAAUCUUAUCAAUUUGAAACAUUUUUUUUUCUUAUCAAUUUGAAACAUAGUUUUCAUUCUUGUUUUAAAAUCCAAUAUUCAAGUUGUUCUUUAGAACAAUUAAAAUUGUUCCUUUUUUUUAUCUCCGACUGAAUACUGAAUUUUAAUUCAAAUGUACCAAGAUAUUUGAUGAGACAAAAUAGUUAAAAUAUUCUAUUACUUAAUGUCGCCCCUAGAUAGAAUACAGUUUGAUGUCCUAAUGUGUAAACACUAAAAGAUUAAUAAAAUAUCUUAUGUUCUAGAAAAUAUGGUAUCUAAAGCAGCACCUUCUAUUUUACGUUGCACAACUUUUAUAUCCGGUUUUAUAAAUCUAUUGAGUCUUUUAAAUUUGUAUCAUCUCAAAUUUUACUUUUUCUCAAUAUACUUCUGAGAGUAUUACAACUAAUAAUUAAAUAAUAGCAGAAUACUAUCAUUAUUAUUUUACUGUAAGCUAUAUGAAUUCAUAUUACCUCAGAGGUUAUCCACACUCCUUAAAUUUUGGUACAAGAUUUUUAAGUCUUUUUUUUUCGAUAAAGUGAGUCAAUUCUUUCAAUCAAAAGUAUCGAUAACAUCUAAUAAUCUAUAAUAAGUCCUUAUACCUCAAAUAAAAAGUCUAACAUUAUUUUGUUAAACCCAAACUAUAAAAAUCAACAUGUUAUAUUAGUGAUAAGUCAUACAAACUUAAAUUUAAUUUGGUAGCUAGUUCCAAAAGUAAUAGAAUAUCUUUUUAAAAUGUUUUACAUGUUACUCGGCAGUUUAAUGGGUGAAUAACCUAAUAUAGAAAAUUUUUACUCCAUUGUUCAUUAGCUCUUUUGCAAUUAAUUGUAAUUGAAUCAUUUUUUUAAUGUUAAGAUGCUUCUUUUCAUAGUAGGAAUUUUGCUAUUUUUUUAAAAUCUAUGUAUAUUUUAGUUUUGCCAUUAUUAAAAAGUGUUUAAAAAAUGAAAA